CUGGGUAAUAUCAGUUACUGGCAUUUAAAACAGGACAUGAUCUUCGUAAACAUUUUACUGUAAAAGUGUUUGAAAAGCGUCUGAACUCAGGGUUCCUUUUUUGUUGGCCAACUAUUUUUCCCCGCGUUACGUCGAAACACCGGGUAAGCGCUUCAAUCAGCGGCCGCAUGUAAAACAUAACUUCUGUCUACGCUUUAUGAAGGAUAACAUUGCCGUUUGUAAUUAAGGUAACGCUACUUAUCCAAAUUAAAAUGGUGGUAAAACGGAAAAGCGCCGUUGUUCGAAAAAGGUUACUCAACUUAGUUAUGUUUCGCUUUUAACUUAGCUACAUGCUAUCCACAACGGCACAGUCAGUGACAGACAGUGUGUAGCCUUAAACUACUAUAUAUGGAGGUUUUUACAAAACAACUGUACGCUUUUUAGGUUUUCAGAUGAGAAGGCGAAAAAAAAAAUUAACAAUGAUCUGUCCUUUAUCGAUUUAAAGCUACUCGGGUAAACGUGUAGUUAAACCGCUGUUCAGCUGCAGUACAGGCAGCCGCCGCUGGGCGUCGCUGUUCAGCUUCAGGCUCCAUCAUGAACUGCACGAAGAAAAAUGAAGUUGAAGAUAAAGAAGGGACCAAAGAUGAUUUCUUCUUCUUUAUUGCGGACUCCGGKGGUUCAGACGAGGAGGAAGAGUUUCAUUCUGACUUUAGGAAACAACAGAAAAGCAGACGUAAACAAACUGCACACCUCAGGAAGACCUCACCACCCCUCAUCCUGGCCUUCCCCAUCACUUCUGAGAAGACUCCCCAAAACACCAGCAGUGUCCCCGGUGAUGAUUUGCAGGAGGAGGAGGAGGAGGACAGUGACCAGCCCAUAGAGGAGUGGAUGAUCCUGGGAGGUGAGGAGCUGGAGGAAGACUCCAACAUCCUACUCAAUCUCGGCUACUGGAGCAGCUCUGAUGACGAGUUUGGAGAUGAAGAUAUACCUGAUGAGAAAUCAACACUAGACAUUUGGGCCGUAUCAGAUAAAGACAAGUAUGGUGCUGCUCAGUCUUUGGCCUUUCGUUAUUUCAUCCCUGGUCCCUCUUCAAUCUGUUACGUUUGCAACAAGACGGGACACUUGGCUAAAUAUUGCACCUCUCAAAAGAAGAGUCCUAUUUGUGUCCUUUGUGGCACCCAGGGACACAUCCAGAGGGACUGUCCACGUCGUCCAUGUCCUCACUGUGGACUGACUUCCCAUGGCCUCGACCCCUGCAGAGUGCCUCCGGUGUGGAAACAGCACUGCCAGCGCUGUGGGACGAUGGGUCACCUGACAGACGCCUGUCCAGAUACAUGGAGACAAUAUCACUUGACAGUGGAUUUAGAGGUUCCUCUCAAACCAAGAACUGUCUGCAGCCUCAAACAGAAAAGUCACCGUGCUCAUUGUUACAACUGCUCCGACAGGGGACAUUACGGUUAUGAGUGCACAAGGAGGAGGAUGAUCAGUGGUACCUUUCCUUCACUGCCUUAUGUUUGUCACUAUGACACGGCGGAGGACGUUCUGCUGCGUGGUACCAGGACGCAUACAGGAGCCAAAGAUCUUCUGAGCACUGGAUCCUGUCCUCCUCCUGACCACUUACGUGAAAGAGCAGCUGUUUGUGGUGAGAAGAACGGGAGAAGUAGGAAAAAGCAGGAGGUGAGAGGAAGGAGGAAAACAUGGCCUGAGAGGCGCAGAGAACGGCGCGAGGUGAAGCGCCUGAGAAAGGAAGCCAAGGUCAGGCGGGAAGGAGGAGGAUCUCCUCGCUGCAACUCUGAUGAUGAAGUUUGCCCCGUGGACCCCUUCAGACACAAACCGUUUACUUCCCCUCCGGAGAAGAAGAAGAUGAGAGGAGAAAGAUGGGGAAAAGAACAGGAGGAACAGCAAAGUAGAGAGGUGAAAGAACUUGUGUCCUCUUGCUGACAAGGACGUUAGAAGUGAAAAUAUGUCUCAAAACAAAACCUGCUGUAAUCUGCAUUAAUGGUCUUGUCCAUGCCUGUGUGUUUGUGUGUUUGUUAGCAAAAUAUUCAAUAAACCACUGCAGAACUAUAAUGAAAGUUGCAGAAAAUAAUAAUUGGAUGAACAACUAAUUAAGUUUUGGAGUCACCUGGAUUCAGGAUUUAACCAACUUUCCUUAAAUAACACAAAUGCUACGCCUCGAUUUUCUAGACAUUCAUAUAAAAAUUCAUGUGGAAGCAGCUGAGAGUCAUACACAGCACACAUUCUGGGGGUUAGAUUGUGCAUAACUUUAUUUUAAAGGUCUGAGCUAAAUUCCUGCCAUGUCAAUUUCUUCAAAAAGUAUUGUAGAAUAUGUACAGCUGAAAUAAUUUUCAUCAUUAAAUGUGGUUUGAAAGUA